AUGUUGACAUUAAAUCUCCCUCAACCCAUUAGUAUGGUCAAAGUUGUUAUCUAUGAUGAUGGUAUUGCUAUACCACACGUCGCGCGUUAUUGGAUCUUUCUCAUCUCAAAUAUCUGUUCACUUCUGUGUGCUGUAUUUGUGCUCUAUCAUUACCUUUUUGAUUCAACACUUCGUCAUGGACUACACAACCAUACUUUAACUAUUGUUCUAAUUAUUUGUCUCAUCUGGGAGUUAACCGACGUACCCUUUCAAAUGUACCUUUUUCUCUAUAGGGUUGUUUGGAUUCAGACACCAACAUUCUGUAUCAUAUGGAAAAUUCUUGAUGCAGCACUGUAUACAUCAACUGCCAAACUUAUUGGAUGGGCAUCAGUUGAACGACACAUUCUCAUUUUUCAUGAGAACUGGAUCACAACAAGAAGAAGACGCUUUUUCAUUCACUACACACCAAUCAUCCUGAUUGUCACCUAUGGUGUUGUGCUCUAUUCGAUCAUCACUCCGAUGAAUUAUUGUAAAAGGCCAUUCUAUUAUUUUGUGGAAAUGUGUGGAUAUUAUAGUUGUGUGUAUGAUAGUGCAACAUUUACAUUGUAUGAAUAUGCAACUGGUGGAUUACUGUGUUCUGUUCUGAUUGGAUUUGGAGGUGGUAGCCUAAUUCUGCGUGUUGUUCUGCAGAAACGUCGUUUACGACGGCAUGUUAACUGGCGGAAACAUCGAAAGAUGGCAAUACAACUUUUGUCAAUCACAGCUCUGUUUUAUAUCUUUUACUUACCACCUGUAGUGUUAUCAACCGCUCAUCAACUCGGUGUUCCAUCUUACGUCGGAAGUGACUACACCCGAAAUGCUUCGUUCUUUGCUAAUUAUAUCAUAUUCUUAUUUCCAUUUGCAUGUUUGAAUACCUUACCGAAACUGCGUAUUCGACUCAAGAAUAUGUACCGAUAUAUUUUGCGGAAACAAAUACGUCGUAUCAGCCCGCAAAAACCUACAAUAAUGAAUUCUACCCGAAGAAAUCAACGAAAAACAACCGUUUUCUAA